CGAAUGACGGCCACGUGAGCGUUGCCUUGGUGUUAAAUGAAGCUAUAACGACUACAUGCUAGCAUUAGCUUCGGUAUGCUCCUGAACCGAAAUGAACAGCAAUGACAUUUGUCUGCUUCUUGGAGCCACUGGCGUCGGGAAAACGUUGUUGCUGAAACGUCUACAAAAGCUCAGUGUGCAUGGAUUAGAGGAACUGGGUGAGCCUCCUUCUACCCUACCUACAGUUGGAACCAACCUGACAGACCUGAAACUGAAAAAGAAGAAGGUGACAUUGAGAGAGCUGGGAGGCUGCAUGGGUCCUAUAUGGCCAAGUUACUUCAAAGACUGCUCCUCUGUAAUUUUCAUGGUGGACUCAGCCAACAUUGCUCAGAUAUCCGCCUCCUGUAUCCAGCUGCUGUCAGUUCUCUCCGCUGAGCCUUUGCACAAUGCUUCUGUGCUUAUUCUAUUCAACAAGAGGGACAUGCCUUGCACUAUGAGUCUCAUAGAGAUAAAGUCGCUGUUCAGAAUGGAUGACAUCAUUGCAUCUGCUACUCAGCCGAUCACAACACAGGAACUCAGUGCCCGCUCUGGACAGGGACUUCAGGAGGUGCUGAGUUGGCUGGAGUCCAUCACAGUCAAGUGAAAUAUCAUAUGUUUUCCUUAUGAAAAGAUGCUUCUGCAACAGGACUUUGAAUGAUCUUGCUUUUUGGCAAGAUAUGUCAGUGUUCAAAGACAAUUUACACACAGUUUGGAUGGACUUAAUAAUGUGUUUAAAAAACUGGUGCUGUAUCUUUGGUUCCAUAUAAAUAUGGCUACUGUUCAACAAUGUGAACGGGAAAAGCAAUAUAUUAGUGAUAUCAUGGCAGGGUGUAAUGAUUAUUAAGUACUAUAACUCUUGUUAAACUAAUACUACUGUAGGUCUUACCUACAGUUAGUAUUUGUUUUACUGGUCACCUUUACUAUUUAAAUGCCACAGACACACUGCUGGAAUUUAUGACUGACUGCAGUGUGAUUCUCAGGUCUAUGUUAAGACUUGUAUUAUGUUAAAACAAAAUGAACUUUUACAAUUACAUUUUAAUUGAUAGUUAUUGUAAGAAACACAUGUAAGAAGAGCUUGUCAGUGAUGUCUGUAUGUGAUGCAGCAUAGUGGCAUGAGUAACUACCAGCAGGGGGCAUAACGUUAACACAUACUGAAACUAAAACUAUUGUGAGGCUGAGAUUUCAUAAUGUCAUUACAAUGCUUUGAUAUCACAGAAAAUGAGAACAUACAAAAUAAUACCACCAACUAAAGAAUGACGCAGUGUUGCGAUUUCACCCUUAUAUUUGAUGAUUCAGUGGUUCACAAGCAAUGCAUAACACUCUUGAUUAUUACAUUUCUCAUGUUUUCUUGCUUAUUGUCAAUUCUGAAGCACUUCCUCCAAAACUAUAAUUUCAUUCAGUUAAGCCCAGCAAUUAAUUCCCCUAGAGAAUAAUAAUGUACACACUGCUGUUUCUCAUCAGUUCUGAUGCCAAGAGAAAUCCACAAUCCCUCCAACUCUCUUGUGUCUUCACAGGAAUCAAUUUUUUUCUUUUUGCCUAUGACAGCAGAAGUAUUGUGCAGAAGACUUGUUGCCUUCUUCUAAAGCCAUAGUACAUUUGCCUGGUAAUUGUGGCUAUGUGAACAAUUAACAAACUGUGCUUUUGUGUAUGUUUUGUCUAAAUUGAAGUCACAAAAGGUUAUGGCCUUAGAAGGUUAACAUGACACUAAUGGUUUCUGAUAAAAAAGGGGUUAUCACUUGUAUGUACCGUACUAAUGCAAUCAUGACAAGAGUAGCAGGACAGAUUGUUGCAUUGGAGGUUCGAACCAGCGUGCAUCAAUCUAAGGGUAGCUAUAUUAUAACACAUUAUAAAAACAACAAGUCAUACAAGUCCUUUGGGCUGAAGUUCAGUCUUUGAUUAGAAUUAUAUUUCAAGAGCAAAAUCAAAUAGCGUUCCCCUUUUUCUUAGAUUACAUUUCCAGUUUAGUUGAUCCUCAUAAGAAAGGGUUCUGGCUGCUCUGUGCAGCCUGUGAUCCGUCGGUGCUGGAUGAAGAGAAGGGCAACAAGGGCUCAGGGAGGGUCCCCAGCAGGCCCAGACCCGGCUGGGUGGGGUGAGUGAGUGACAUAGGGAGGCUAGUAGGCUGGUGAUUCAUAGGCAGGGGCAAGGAGGCACUGUAUGGAAGGGAAGUGCCCUGAGGCGCCGAAGAUAUCGGGCCACAGCCCAAUUGAUUCAGAGUUAGUUUGGGCUGCUCAGUUUGGAAUGGAUUGUUGGGUGAAGGAGCACUCAGCCCUAGACAGAAAGAAACAACAGAAAACUAUUAGGUUUGCCCCAAAGGAAUACUUCCCCCACAAAAUGACCAUUUGUAUAACAAAUACUCAGGGUUACAAGAAUUGUUGAAGAAAACGCUGUUUAUUUUUACCAAAACCUUUAUAUUUUUUAUUUUUUAACAGUUACACACUAACGUUUUAAGCAAACGACUCAAUGUAUUUGACUGUGAUUAUACUGCAAGAGUUGUGCGAGAGUUUGUAAAUGGAUCAUUGAUAUGGUUGUGCUACUAUCAAACACAGCCCCAAUUUAAUUGAUGAAGACGUUUUUUUCCCUCUAGAUUCGGCAUAAAUCUAAGAAAAUAAAAUUGGAAUAGAUCAAUCUACACAUAACUGAUAUAAAAUUAGAGUUUCAUCUAAUUUUAUAUAUCUUGACUUCCAUGGUCUUUCCCUUGUUAAACUAAAAUAGCAUUGCAUA